GGCUGAAAUGGUGGAUUUCUCUCUGAGGGAGGAAGGGAGGGAUAGUGGCAGAGUGUGUGUGUGUGUGUGUGUGUGUGCGCGCGUGCAUCUAUAAUGCUGCUGCUCCCGGAGACCACCUCAAUGCAUCCGAGUGAAACGCGACAGCACAACUGAUAAACACGUUAUGGGCCAAGAUGGUGGAUUUAACAGACUAAUAUGCGCCAAGAAGUCGUGUAAUUCCUGUCGGAAGAGGACAGAUGUUUGUUCUCUGCCUGUGAAAGAGCUUGCCUUUCAGAUGACAAUUGUGACUUCAGGCACAGGUGUUUGCCAGAGCCGACCGUGUUUCCAUUUCCAACAAGCAAGGCAUCAGUAACUGUGACAUCUCAGACUGCCUGAGGGCCAGACUAUGGGCUCUAGAGGAGUGGAGAGGCGCAAACCGACCACCCCGGCCCAGACCCCAGAGGGCAACGUGGUGAUGAGCUUCAGCUUCGAGAGCUAUCAGCUUGAGGAAGAGGACUGCCAAGGCAAAGACAUCCCUGACAAAGGGGUGCUGGCUCUCUCAGAGCCUGUAUUGGAGGAACCUGUUCCAGAUGAUCGCUAUCAUGGAAUCUAUUUUGCUAUGCUGUUGGCUGGAGUCGGCUUCCUGUUACCUUACAAUAGCUUCAUCACAGAUGUGGACUACCUCCAUCAUAAAUUUGAAGGGACAUCCAUUGUGUUCGACAUGAGCCUCACAUAUAUUCUCGUGGCUCUCGUUGCGGUGGUACUGAACAAUAUCCUGGUGGAGAUGCUCAGCCUGCAUACCAGGAUCACCGUGGGUUACCUCUUUGCUCUUGGCCCUCUGCUUUUUGUCAGCAUUUUUGAUGUGUGGCUGGGGAAGUUUACCACAAACCAAGCGUAUGCCCUCAACCUAAUAUCUGUAGGUGUUGUGGCAUUUGGAUGCACAGUGCAGCAGUCCAGUUUCUAUGGCUACAUGGGAAUGCUUCCAAAACGGUACACACAAGGAGUAAUGACUGGAGAAAGCACGGCAGGAGUGAUCAUUUCACUUAGUCGGAUCUUCACCAAGCUGCUGAUUAAAGACGAGAGGAAGAACACCAUCAUCUUCUUCCUCAUCUCCAUCACCAUGGAGCUGAUGUGUUUCGUUUUGCAUCUGGUGGUGCGCAGGACACGAUUUGUGCGCUACUACACCAGCCUGGCACGUCAAGGCUUGAGCCACUCCAAAGACCACACACACCACUGCAAUCAGUACCAUGUCCACCAUGACGUCAUCACAGAGGACGUGAGAUUUGACAAUGGUGCAGUGGGUGUUUCUCCUGCUGAUGAUGGCAGUACUGCAGAACCAGACUACAGUGGCAGCAGCACAUAUGUGAGAUUUGAUGUGCCUAAGCUGAAGAUAAAAAGGAGCUGGCCAGGCAUCAAGGAUAUGAUCCUGCAUCGGUAUGUGGUCUCUCGUGUGAUUUGGCCUUACAUGUUGUCCAUUGCUGUUACCUACUUCAUCACAUUGUGCCUGUUUCCCGGCCUGGAGUCCGAGAUCCGCAACGCCACGCUGGGAGAGUGGCUCCCCAUCCUCAUCAUGGCCAUUUUCAACAUGUCCGACUUUGUUGGCAAAAUCUUGGCCGCUUUGCCUUAUGAGUGGAACGGGGUACGCCUGCUGUUUUUCUCCUGCAUAAGGGUGGUCUUUAUCCCUCUCUUCAUCAUGUGUGUGUAUCCCAUGCCAAAGCCUACGCUCUGUCACCCAGCAUGGCCCUGUGUCUUCUCCCUCCUCAUGGGCAUCACCAAUGGUUAUUUCGGUAGUGUACCCAUGAUUCAGGCUGCUGGAAAGGUGCCACCUGAGCAGAGGGAGCUAGCAGGAAACACCAUGACCGUGUCCUACAUGUCUGGACUGAUGCUGGGAUCUGUAGUUGCCUACGCUGCGUACCGUUUCACUGCCCCAGGCUCAGGCUUCCACUCAGAAACCGACUUGAACUUCACCCAUGGGUAUUAGUGCCCUGCAACACAUUUUCACCAACUACAUUCAUUUCUCUCAGCAGAUUCCACAAGUAGCAAAUCAGAACCUCUGCCGCAGGUUUAUUUUGUACCAGCUGUAACGCUGUGCACUUUUGAAUGUAGUAAAGUAGACCAGGGGAAAUUCCUACCAACACUAAAGACAUGUAUGUAUACUUCAUUGUGUUGUUCAUUUAUGUCAUAUGAAGGUAUAUGUCUCGCUUCAGAAGGGAGUUUCGUGGCUCAUGUCCUGUGGUGAAUUCUUGAUAAAUGUUCUCCUCUUGCCUUCAGUUGAUGAUCUGUUGGAUUGGAAGGUGAAAAGGCUAAACUCUUCGAAUGAAAAGCUGUGUUGUCUUUAAUUGUGCGUUAUAAAUGUUGGACCUUUUUUGCUAAAGCAACUGAAUGUGAACCUCGAUGAAUAAAAACCUUUUUUUGUACA